GGCUGUGUCGGCUGUGUCUGCAUUCCAAGAAUUUCGCAGCAGUUUUGCGCCGGCGGCGGAGCAUAUAAAAGGGGCAAUCAGCGCCAAACGUGAAACAGUGCAAUCAAUAAACUUAAUGUGAAGGCUAAUCGACAAACACACACACACAACACGACGAUGAUCAAGAGCAAUCUUCCCACGAUCUCCCACCUGCAGCUAAUGGUGCUGCUGCCGUUCGUGCUCUUGGCAGCCUGGCAACUGCUGUGCGCCUGUCCUGGUGCCGAUGCCAAGCACUUGGCCGACCGUCACGGAUCGUACGACCCCGCCGCGGAGACCCAAACGCACAUCCACGGGCAGACCAGUGACGUUGCCCCCAGCGUUGUACGCCGGAAACGACACUUGUCCGAUUGGCUAAUAGCACCAAAUACACGAUGGUGCGGACGCGGUAACCUGGCCAAUGGCACCUACAAUGACCUGGGUGGCGCCUCCAAGGCGGACAAAUGCUGCCGGAAGCAUGACCACUGCAAAAUGUGGAUCGAUGGGAUGUCGAAUCGUUAUGACCUCUUCAACUAUCGUCCGUAUACGCUGUCCCAUUGCAGUUGCGAUUUGCGCUUCCGCACCUGCCUGAAAAUGGCCGGCGACGAGGAUGCCAAUGCCAUUGGCAAACUAUUCUUUAAUAUUGUGCAGACGCAGUGCUUCAGCUUAAAGGCGGAGACGGUAUGUGUGAAGCGCGGCGGCACCGGGAAGGAGUCCGAUCCCUGUGAGCGUGAGGAAGUGCGCCAUAAGGCUUACCUACGCAGCAACAAGCGGUUCUAAAGUGUCCUAUUUCAGUUGUCGUUAAACUGGAAUAUCCCCCCUGGAGGAGUCACCUUGCCCAUUUAAGGAGCGACCAAGAAAUCGCUAAGCAAUGCUGCAAUUGAGUUUGAAACUUAAUUGAAAGCCAUUGGCAUUGCGAAACUUUAUUCAUUAGAGCAAGAGCUGGAGAGGAGAGAUAUCCGUCUUUGUAUUAAGCUAUAUACUUACUAUAUAUACACACACACACACACACACACCUGAAAGUGCUAUUAUAAUGCCUAGUGGUAGUCGCUACAGUCAUCAAAUUCUAGUUUAGGCCAAAAGGUUCGAAUACAUUUACAUUAUACAUAUAUAGGCUGUCAGAAAACAAAGUUUUGAACAGCUCUGUAGUAUGUAGAACAUAGUAUACCCCUUAGGUACCUAGUAAGCGCUUUGUUAACGUACGUAAACCUAGUCGUAGUCGCAGUUGUAAUAAAUUAAAGGAAUUUCCAAAGAACAAAAAAA